UUGACCAACUGCGAUGGAAAGCUACUAGGCUAUGUUGCAAACUUUGUCGCUCCACGAUUAAAGAGAGACCCCUUCGGCGUAUUGCCUAACGAGCUCUGCCUAAGGGUAAGCAUCUCCAUGCUAGAUUGGGUCUACCUUUAUGCUGACGCAACUCCAGAUACUCACUUUCAUCGACGAUGCCAAAACGCUUGCUCGCUCAUCACAGGUUUCUAAAAGAUGGCAUGAGUUGGUCAGCGACGACAUGGCUUGGAAGAGCCUCUGCGAGAAACACGCCUAUCGCCGCAUGUCAGAUGACGCUCCGUCCACUAGUACAAGGCAGCAGCAUUCGUCACCUUAUGAGCCGUCUCAAGCGGCUUCCUCUCUCAGCUUCGCAACACAUGCCCUACGCAUACACAACCCCGCACUCGCUAGCUUCAGCACUUCGACCCCUGAUCUGAGUCGUGUGAAGAGUCUUGAUAGAACAACCUCUGCCCCGGUCCUGCCUUCUCAAGCUAUCCGCCGACGACCACAGGCCAUGACAUACCGUACUCACUUCAAGCAAAAGUACCAGGUCGAGACGGCCUGGCGAAUGGGCGGCAAAGUAGACACGAGGCAAAUCACUCCGGACCAAGGCGUUGUAACGAGUCUGCAUCUCACCGACAAGUACAUCAUCGUCGCCCUGGAUAAUGCAAAGAUCCACGUUUUCGACACUGAAGGCAAGCAUCUAAGAUGUUUACAAGGUCACGUCAUGGGUGUUUGGGCCAUGGUUCCAUGGGGCGACACCCUGGUGUCUGGUGGUUGUGAUAGAGACGUUCGUGUCUGGAACAUGGCAACCGGACAACCUAUACACAUGCUGCGAGGCCAUACUUCCACGGUUCGUUGUCUAAAGAUGUCAAACGCCACAACGGCUAUAUCUGGUUCGCGUGAUACCACUCUUCGUAUCUGGGAUAUCGAAAAGGGUCAGUGUAAGCACGUACUCAUGGGUCAUCAAGCAAGUGUUCGCUGCCUUGAGAUUCACGGAGAUCUGGUCGUCUCUGGAAGUUACGAUACCACUGCACGAAUCUGGAGCAUUAGCGAGGGCAGAUGUUUGAGGACGCUGCAAGGUCACUUCAGUCAGAUUUAUGCUGUCGCUUUCGAUGGAAAGCGUGUUGCUACAGGCAGUCUGGAUACUAGCGUCCGCGUCUGGAAUGUUGCGGAUGGCAAAUGUCUGGCCAUUCUACAAGGCCAUACCUCUCUCGUUGGCCAGCUUCAGCUCCGCGGCGACACACUCGUGACUGGUGGUAGUGAUGGCAGUGUUAGAGUCUGGUCAUUGCAAUCCUAUACGCCAAUCCAUCGCCUUGCGGCACACGAUAACAGCGUGACGUCGCUGCAAUUUGAUGACUCACGCAUCGUUUCUGGCGGUUCCGACGGUCGCGUCAAGGUCUGGGACCUUCAACGCGGCUGUCUCGUACGCGAGCUCGGUCAACCCGCAGAAGCCGUCUGGCGUGUCGUGUUUGAAGAAGAAAAGGCAGUCGUCCUUGCAUCCAGGCAGGGUAAAACAGUCAUGGAAGUCUGGAGUUUCGCACCGCCAGAGGAUGGAGAUGUUAGCAGUGCGGCAUCAAGUCCUGCAGCGAUUUCGAAACCGGUACUGUUAGCUAGCGAACCCUCGCCUAUGCAUAUAUCUGAUGCACCGGCAUCUGAGGAUCGGGUAGUGGAGCUUGAGGACAUCGUUAUGACGGAAGAGACCCCUCGAGCAAACGAGGUCUCCUCACCUGUCAUACCAUCAUGACACCUUCCGAGGCGCACAACAUAGGUUCGAGGCAUUUUACGACUGUUUUCAAGGAAGCGUAGGCGCAAGGGAGCCCAGGAGACCAACCAAAUUCUGGACAAGAAUCGGAUCAAGGAGUGAACAGACGAAGUUGGAACGCCAAUCACUGCGUUCACGGAGUUACAAGGCAUCGGAUCAUGGGAAAUGGUCAGGCACUCAAUCAUCUUUGGCGAACAAGAUGGGAAAAGGGG